CCCAACUCUCACUACCUAGUUUGUACAACUACCUCCGUCACCUGUAAAACCCCAAACUACUCCCUAAACACACACACACACACGAUUCUGGCAUCGCAUUGCAUUUCAAACUCGAGUUGGCGGGCAGUCAUGAAUAACAACCGCCCACUGCAGCCACCAAAUCCAUCCGACUACAACAUGUACGACGAGCAACCCUACGGUGAAGAUGCCUAUGAUGCAUCGCAUGGCCAAGGCUACAGUCAGCACUCGAGGAAGGGUAAACGAUAGUUGGGAAGAGGAGCCUCGUCGUGGACCUGUGCUGACACUCCAUGUCUAAGAUUAUCCAGGAAUCUCGCCAUCAAGAGGUGCGCCUGUGGGCAGCGAUAGAUCCCAAGGAAUGGCAUACUCGGAAUACGAACAAUACGACACCGAUGAUCGCAGAGGAUAUGGUCGUGAAGGCGGUCGGUCUUGGUCACCACGGAGGGAAGGUCGGGGACGGUAUACCGAUCGUGACAGAGAAGGAUAUCGUUCUCCACCCCGCCAAAGAAGUCGCAGUCGCUCGCCAUAUUAUGGAGGACCUCCCAAUCGGAAUGUCAUGCUAGACGGAUUACCAAAAGAAAUGACACAGGAAGACGUUGGGCGCCCCGUUCUUAAACCCCCCGGACUUUAUAAACCACUAUCCAUGUUCUUCCUAGCCUAA